UUUAAUGUGUAUAUCCUUUCCACACAGGAGGUGAUACAUAUUUAUUGGAUUGGAUUGUUCUACCCAUCUUUUUAUAUUUAAUAAGAGAUGUCUGCACAGAGGUUAAUUUCCAACAGAACAUCCCAGCCAUCUUCAUCCAACUCUGAUUAUACUUGGGAAUAUGAAUAUUAUGAAAUUGGACCAGUUUCAUUUGAAGGCCUGAAAGCCCAUAAAUAUUCCAUUGUCAUUGGAUUUUGGGUUGGUCUCGCUGUCUUUGUGAUAUUCAUGUUUUUUGUAUUGACCUUGCUGACCAAAACAGGAGCACCACACCAAGAAAAUGCAGAACCUCCUGAAAAGCAUUUUCAAAUGAAGAGCUUUGUUACAGACUUUGGAAGGCCUCGGGAGCCGGAUAAGGUAUUUUCUCGCUCAGCAACUGCUGAAUCCAGAUCUCUCUUUCACUGCUACAUCAAUGAAGUGGAACAGUUGGACAUGCCAAAGAUAAGUCACAAAGCAACUGCUGUGGAUGCUGAUGAACUCUUUCAGGAGGGGUCCAGAAGUAGCGGGAGACCAGAGGAGGACGACUUGACCCAGAUGACCAAAUUCAACAUCCCCAACUUUGUCAACACUGACCAAAAUUCCUCCUUUGGGGAGGAUGAUCUCCUGAUUUCUGAGACACCAGUUCUAGAAAACAAACCAAUACAGACCUCCCAUGAAGUCCUAGAUUAAGGAAGAUUCGCUAGAGGACAGAGUCUUUGUAAUAUGAUAGAUCCAACUACUGCUUAGCAAGGGAUUUUCUUCACAGGCAGCUUCAGAUUUGUUUCAGGGUUGUGUGUGUGUGUGUGUGUGUGUGUGUGUGUGUGUGUUUGUGCUUGUGGGUGCACAUAUGGCUAAAGUACAAGUCAGUUCAAUAGCAAAUUUAGUACUUACAAAUCUCCUAAGUUUGGCUUUUUGGACUUUUUUUGGGGGGAAAGUAUUGAGAUCCCAUUUGGUGGAUUGGAAAUGGUUUAAUCCCAUAUAUAUUGAGAGGUAGACUAUAUAGUGGAAAGGGAUUGGAUAUGGAAUCAGGAAGCCCCAGUUUCAAGUCCUCUCUCUGACAUAUACUGGCUGUGUGAUCCUAGACACGUUAGUUAACUUAUUAUUCUAGACAACUCUAGGAAACUGUGAAUCUAAGAAAGUACCAUCCUGCUUUGGUAGGAGUUUCUCAUCCAGGAGUUCAUCCCUUUUAUGAAAUCACAGAUCUACUUCCUGUCCUAUGUAUUAUACCAGUUGCUGUAAGUCCUUAUAGGUAGGGCUGUCUUAAGACAGUGGGAAUGAAUGAAUACCCUGUCUUCUCCUGUUCUGAGAGUCUACCAAAAGGACCUUAUCGCUGUGGGCCCUUUGCCCCUUCUGCCCAAUUAUUAAACAUAGCUCUUUGUGUAGAAGUAUAGCACGAGACAGCAGGAAUACGCCUGAGGGAUGAGAAUCCAUUUUCUAAGAACAUCUCAGUUGGCCAUAAACCAGAGUCAACUGCCUUGUGCUACACCAGGUGUUCUUAGGCAAUUGGAUAUACAUGUAGUAAUUUCCCUAAAGAAUGAAUGGAGCUGGGUGAUGGAGUGGCUGAUAUGGGGCUUUGUGACCAUGAUAUAAACAUAAUCCUGCCUCAGACACUUGUUAGUUGUAUGAAUCUGGACAAGGAAUUAAACUCAGUACCUCGGUUUGCUCAUCUGUAAAAGGGACUGAUGAUGAUUAUAGGAAUUACUUCACAGGAUUAUUGUGAUAAUCUAUGAAAUAAUAUAUGUAAAGUGCUUUGCACACCUUAAAGUGCUUUAUAAAUGUCAGCUAUUGUUAUAACUACUGUUCCUAUUAUUAUAUUAUUAAAUGGCUUUAGGAUAUACCUGACCAGCAUUCCUCCUUCCAAGAAGGUGCUCAAGUUAGUUUGUAUGGCUUUUAAUAGGGCUGUUUUCUGCUUCUAACCCUACUUAGUAUCACUGUCUUCUCAUCAUUGUUGCCAUUUUCUAUAAAUCAAUGGAAAGCAUUCCUCAUGGGUCAGUUUUCUUUACCUGGCUAAAGCAUGAAGUUGGGUAUUCUUGCUAGGGCAGAGAUUUUUGACCCAGAAUACCAUGGAUGCUCUACACAACACCAACAGCAAUGCCUUCACAUCCCAAAAUAUCCUGCAUGUGGAAAGCAAGCCUGCCGUCUGGGACAGAAAGCAAUUUAGCUCAUUCAGUGGCCUAGGAGGCUGGCUGCUAAUUUGUAAGGACAUUUUUGUUAUGAAAUUUUUCACCGCCUGUGAUGAAAAACAACCCCUUCCUGCCUUGUACUGAGUGUAAAAUAAACGAGUUCAAUUGCAUAUUACUUUGCUGCUCAGCUAUGACACCUCUGUAUUUUUUAAUAUGUUGUUGGGACAUGAUGCCUCUCUCUUGGCUCUUUAUUAUUUAUUUCGUUUGCUGGUCAACGUGAAAAAAACAUAAUGUUUUAUACCAACGCAUUUCCCUGGCUUUUUUUUUA